AUUCACCUGCAGACUACCACUCUGUGUGGAGUUGAGCUGGCACGUUGAGCCACAUUGCGCACGGCAGUUCACUACAGUAAACCCGAUGUCAUAUGAUCUUCGUGGAAGAGAUCAGUGAUCAGUCGCGAACUUUUAGGGCGAUUUAUUCGUUUGUGGAUUUUUUUUCGGGACUAUCUGUGUUCUUCUAAGAAGUGAUUAAAGUGUUUUUUUUGUGCUUGGAAAGCCAAUUAAUCAUCAUCCCAGGCGGUGCUUGCUUGUUAGAAUAACAUCUGUGGAUGGAAUGUUGUGGUUGGUAAAGUGAAGUGAAUCUUGUGUGUGCAAACACGAAAGAUCAUGGAGAAAUUUGCAAAGAAGUGGAUCAUUCUACUCAGUGGAGCCUCCUCAGUGAUCACCUCACUAUUAUUUUCUGGCAUCUAUUGAAUUGUGCUCCAAUUGCACACAAUUGAACAACACAAGCAACGAAAAAAAAUAUUAUUCUUCACUCUUUGCUGGCUAUUUAUGUGCAGUGUAUGUGCGCAAGAUAAGCAGAGGGAAAUUUUUCUUCUUCUCCACAUGCACAAAAGAUGAUGAGGAUGAAAAAUAUUAUGCCACUUGGUCGACUUUCUGUGCUUAUCGCGGUGACACUUCUUCACUGGGUCGCACCAUCUCACGCCAGCGAACGUGAUGGCGGCAUUGUGGCGAACGCCAAAAGUGAAAAUGCCACCACGAUCACGGUACAGCGGGAGAGUCUGCAUCAACUGGGAAAUAUGCUCAUAGACUGGGCAGACAAGUCACUGCGCCAUGGUCACAUUGAUGUGCUUCCUGGUGUCACCAUUGAGAGAAAUCACAGCGUACCGCGCACCGAGGCGCGAUCGCACAGCACCGUGGAACAGCGACUGCGUGAUUUUGCUGAUAGUUGCGUCAUAAAUGUGGAUGUGGGACGUGCACUUGGUACGGGCCGGAUAUUCUUCUUCAAGGGCCUCAAGAAGAUGAUGUGGCCCCUCUUUAUUGGCCUCCAAGUCGUCAAGACAGCCCUUUUGGCGCUCUUCCUGCCCAGUCUCAUUGGAUCACUGGGGAAGAUCGUGGGAAAAGGUUUAUCGUCGGUGUCGUCUUUUGGGCAACCACAAGAACCAGUUGAAGAUCUGGAAUUCAAAGAUAAUACCUAUUUAGACAAUGAGAGUAGCUACUCAACGGGGGCAGGAAAUGGUGGAAUGACUACUAGUCAGAAUGGUGGAACGACUUCUUAUAUGCAACAAGAUAAUAAAUACGGAAAUGGACUUUACGAUGGAGCUACGUCUGAGACGCAGAAUAGUAUUGUAAAGUUCGGUCCGCAUGGUCAAAAGGUGUCGUACAUGAUGUCACCUGAUGGAAAUUACUACUCAAAGUAUCACAACAGUAUGAUGUCAGCCAAGAGAGAUGAUUUUAAGAUCUUCCACGAUAUCCCGGCAUCGUCAAUGCUACUCACGAAUUACGAUCCCUUCUACAGCCCCCUGCUGUCACGUCUCGAUGCCAUAUUCCAGCAGUUGGGCCUAGGAACGGGUGAGGAGGCAUGUCGGCAGAAGCUUGUGUGCCUCAUGUAUGCCAGUCCGGCCAAAUAUGCACCCUACAGCAACCUCAUUUCUGCCCAACUGAGUAGGGAAUUAAAUGAACUGAAGAAGCCGACGUCGGACAACCCGGAUAUAAUGCGCUUCUUCAAGUACAUGAAAGCGGCCAAGGAUGGUCAGGAUGGGGUCAAUUGUGAUAUGACAAAUCGCGAUUGUAUUGAUCUCAAAGACAACACAAGUCCAGCAAUGAUUACAACAUUCAAUGACAUCAACAAAUUGGUUCAAGCGAGAAAAUUGCAUUGAUUCAAAGAAAUUAUGCAGACGGGGGCGGGAUAGACUCAGCUGGAUUUUUUUUGAAACUGAUUUGUGUGUCUGGAAGUUUCUGAAAAUUAACGUGCUGAUGAACAAGAAGAAACCACAAAAUGCAUUGUAAAGGCAAUUCGAUACCAUUGACAGUGAUUUUUGCUUAUUAUGUUCCAUGUAAUUACUCAACGUAUGCGCUCCAUUUAAUUCAGUGUGCAAUUUUACUUUAAUCGGAAUUCAAUGUUAUAUAAUUUGUGCUAUAUAGAAUGCGUCUUAUGAGACAAAGAACAUUUCGAUAUAAAAAAAACUCUAAUUGCAAUUUAAUAAGUGAAAUAGUAUAGAAUUCACGAAGUAUGCAUACCUGAAUUUUUUUUAUUCAAUUCGCGGUUAAUAAAGUGUGUGUGUUAACGGGAAUAAUUUUCUCCUCUCUAGACCAUUUUCUUUAAUGUAGUGCAUGUGAGACUGAUGACAUGUUGGUGUAAAUAUAUUAAGAAGCAAAAAAAGGAGGAAAUAAAGAACACCCAGCUGAUGGAGAGAUAAAUUCUUACGUGUGGAUCUGAAGAAGUUUAAUAUUUUUGGUGUUGGACCACGACAAAAAAAAUAGACCAACACUUGGACUCAAAUUAGAUUAAUUAAUGGGGUAAUGUGUGGGGAGAUGGGAAAUGAUUUCUUUCAUGUUAAAUAGUUUAUUCGUGUAGUUUAGCUUUGAGUAUAUAACGUCUCAAAAAAGGAAAUUAUACUCAUUCGGAGAUUGUAAUUUAUUUUUAUUUAUUUUUCUUCAACAACUCUUAAUAAAUAGUUUGUAGCCAUCGAGA